AUGGGCCCCGGUGACGAGCGUCGGGUUACAUUUACCCAAGAGGAUCAUCAGGUGAGCCAGGUCGCUUACGUCUUCGAGCCCGAGGAGGAACAAGAGACUCGCAGCGAACGGCCAUUGAAAAGGCGCAAGGUGUCGAGGCAGGCCAGGAAGAGCAAGUCGGACGUGCAUGACUCGGAGCCGCUGUUUGCGCCGCUGCUCAACGGGGCCGAGAAGCCAGAAUACGUGCGACUGCGGCAGCAGCUGUUUGAGGCGAGCUGGGCACGGAUUGACGACCGCAUGCAGGGCAUCCUGAGAGAAUCCAACUCGUCGACUCUGGAUCAAGUGUCGGCGUUUGUGGCAGCGGCUGAGACAGAAUGCGUGGACCAAAUCCCAGCGGCCUUCAUCAUCACGGGGCCCAACAUUGCGUCGCAGGACCUACUCUUUGAGCAGCUGUCGGAGACGCUGCAGCGGUCCUUCGCCAGCCAGUUUGUGCGGCUGCGGUCCUCGGAGGCGCUGACGUUGAAGGCGGCCCUCCGCAAGACCAUCAGAGAUGCCACGGCCAGUGGAUCCACCAGUGACGAUGAGGAGCUGCCACCGAAAGACCAAGAGAGCCGGCGAUAUCUCGACUAUGACCUGGAGGCCCUCAUGGUAUCCAUCACUCCGAAGAGGUGCAAGCACGUUUUCGUGGCCUUUCAGGAUAGCGAGGGCUUCGACAGUGGCUUGAUUUCUGACUUGACGUCCUUGUUCCAUUCCUGGCGCCCGGUGAUCCCCUUUACGCUCCUCUUCGGCAUCGCCACCUCUGUCGAGCUUCUCCAGGCUCGGCUAUUGAAGUCUGCCUGCCAUCUCAUGUAUGGCGCGCAGUUUGACUGCGUACAGACGGGAACGAUCCUGGAGACGGUCUUCAAAGGCGCAGUGGCCGCCGGCGACGUCCCCCUGCAACUAGGAGCGCCACUGCUCCGAAACAUGCUCGACCGACAGCACGAGCAGAUUGCCGGCAUCCAGGCCUUUAUCAGCUCUCUCAAGUACGCGUACAUGUGUCACUUUUACGCCAAUCCCCUCAGCAUCUUCAUAUCAUCGGGUGCUCUUGCGAGCAAGGCCAUUCAACCAGAACACAUCGAGGCUCUGCGCAAUCUGGAAUCGUUUCGCGAGCACGUGGAGCGAGCGGUCGAGCUCGGCGACGACGAGUCGAUGCUGCAUGCCAAGUCGCUGAUUGAAGACGACGAAUACCUUCUUGGCAAGGUCAAGGAAAACGACAAGAAUCGGCAGUGGUGGAUGGGCAACGUCCUGCGCUCCAUUCUGGUUCGCGAAGCGGCCGGCGAGCAGAAGAGAGCGUUCUCGGAGGCAUAUGUAGAUGCCGUGGCCAGGGGUCCUGGGCUGACGGAGCAGUCUGGGCUCGCGGACUGCAUCCGACGAAUGAGCGCCGACGAGCUCUCCGCUUUCCUCACUCACGUCCUCGCGGAGCUGGAAGAGCUCAGGGCAACAGCGGAGCAGGGGGGCUUCUCGCUGCGGAGCAAGUACAGCGGGAAGAACAAGGUGAUGCGUACAACGGUCAUUGCGCAGCGGGUGCAGCUGAGCCAGGACUCGGCAGCGCUCCGGGACGAGGACAAGCGGCUGACGGAGAUUGUGGACGAGACGACGAGGGUGCUGACGAGACACGUUGACAGCUGGCGAGGCGAGGCGGUCGUCUUCUCCGAGUGCUGGGUCUACGACUCGCGAUGGCCGUCGCGCGAGGUGCUGGUGCCGCGGCCGCGGGCCGUGUUUGAGCGCAGCUUGAGCCGGCCCCACGACUACCUGGGCUGCGCGUGCUGCAAGGCCGGGGAGGGGGAAGGAGGCGGCAUCCAGGCCACUCUGCCGGCGACGUCGAUCCUGUAUCAGAUGUACCUGGAGACGGGCAGCCUGAUCAACGUGGCGGACCUGUGGUCUGCGUUUCAGGGGCUGGCGGGCCGGGAGGAGCAGGAGGAGGCGGGAGACGAGGGCGAGAAGAUGGAGCGGGAGAGGCUGACGCAAUUUUACCGGGGGCUCGCCGAGCUUCGGGCGCUGGGGUUUGUCAAGGCGAGCAAGAAGAAGGCCGAUCACGUCGCGAAGGUGAAAUGGCUAUGA